AUGGCCUCUCCUACACCGACCAACUUUGCCAUGAGGCUCACUGCGUUCGGCGCACCUCUGACGAAGGUCGAACUCCCCGUGCCCGAGGCUUCUGCGGGUACCGUCGUCGUGCGAAAUCUCGCAACAUCCCUCACGUCCUACAUGCACCUCAUCUUAGAUGGCAAGCUGCCACAGCACAACUUGCAGCUCCCAGUCAUUCCGAAUCCGCCAUGCGUGGGACGUAUUCAUGCCGUGGGCCCGGACGCGGCUCGCGAUGAUCCCUACACCAAGAUUGUGCAGGGUCACAUCUGCGGCACGAGUGACGGGGCCUAUAGGCUCUGGGAAGAGUGGAAGGAAGAGCUUGGCUACAGCCCAGCGGUGCCACAGUCCAUCGCAAACUACGCUGUCUUCGCUGGAGCUAUCAUUGAAGCCGCAAAGCUGAAGCCCGCCGAGACCAUCAUCAUUGGCCCAUCGUCUGGUAUGUUCAGCGGUCUAGCCGUUGAAAUUGCCUUGGCCGUGGGUGGAAACGUCAUUGCCCUCGGACGGAGCGAGAGAAAGCUCGCGGCAAUGAAGCAGAGAAUCGGUGGAGAUCCAGGCCGUCUGAAGUACGUUGUGAUGACGGGCGACGACGAGAUAGACUCCGGAGCAAUUAUGCAGGCCACACCAGAUGGAGUCGGAGCUGAGGUCUACAAUGACUGGACCCCUGAGGGCAACACCGGGGCGUUCUACCUCUCAGCUGCGUCCCGCACGCUAAAGUUCAAUGGUCGCAUUGUCCUAAGCGGCGGAACGACUGCAGGGCUUGGAGGUUUGAGCUACAUCUCGGCAGUUACCAGAGAUCUACAAAUCCUUGGAAAGUGGGUUUGCAACCGUCAAACUGUGGAGCAGUUGCUCGGCAUGGUGACUUGUGGAUUGCUGAGGAUUGGCGUCGAAAGCGGUACUAUACUGAAGGAGUUUACUCUAGAUCAGGUGAUGGAAGCUGUGGAAUACGCUCGGGAAAAUGUCGCAUGGAGACACUACGCUGUUGUUUGCCCAUAG